AUGGCCGAGCAUGCUGAUGAGUCCACUGCUGCCGCAAAGGCUCGCAAUGAACGUCCAUUCCUGUAUCCAUGGAACCGUCGCCUGCGUCAUCUGCACGGGGUCUCUCUGCGCAAUCUCCAUGUUACAGCACCCAGUCCUAGAAGACAUGCAAAAACAAUCACCGACGAUGAUGCGCCUUACAGCCUGGCGUCUCCCGCCAAACGAGCCUUGCACAGCGACACAAAGCCGCUGACCCAGUCCCGCUCUUUCACCGAUUUGGCCUCAGCGCUUGACGAUGCCUCGAGCCAGUCACGCCUGCAUAAGGCUGCCACCUCCUACGAGAAGAAUGAAAUACAAUCCAACAGACCAGGUGGAGGCAGGCUUCGCAGAAGUAGCACCUUACAUUGGGGAUCUGCGAGCCCACAGGCGCGGCAGUCAAAAUUGGAGGAUAUCGUGGUGAGCCGGCUGGCCGACUCCUGGAUAUCGGUGCACUGCCCUGGUACCCCAGAACCUGUGUACAUCAGCGAGGAAAUCGAAAGAUCCAUGAACCCAAGCUUCGCGUUCUUUGACCUUGACGGCAGCGGGCCUCAAGUUUUAAGGUCCGACGAGUGCACCAUCCGGGUGUGGGCCAGACGCGCGAAGACCGAAGGGUACUGUCUACUCGUCGAACUAGACGUGAAUUUAAGGUCAUUGCAGUUCAUUGGGCGGAAACUUGAGAAUUUCCAUCAUCCGCUACCCGAGAACUGCAUCCUGCUACACUUGUCCGACGGUAUCUAUACCAGCUUUACGGACCUGCCGGCGGACGCGCAUACCUUAGUCGAUCAUGCAGUAGACCACCGCGAUGGAUCCAGCAAACCAGGUUCAUCCUUUGACGCCCUCAUGCAGCUCGCAAACCUCGACGACUGUAUCCAAGAUGCAAUCAAAGUCCGAGCUCAGAUCGAAGACGACAUAAACAAAAUACUGGCAGAGGCGCAUGUUCUCAAGAUCGAUGACGAAGCAGACCCGGGUCUUGAUGAUGGCAGCUCUCAAACCAAAGCUGCCCUCGCUGCGGAGAAGAAGCAUCUGCGUCAGCUAAAGAAGCGACGAGAAGAGCUGAAGGAGCAACUGGGACAAAGAGGUCACGCCCUUGACGUAGGUCGGGAGACGAUGUCCAGAUCUAGAAAGGUUUUGGAAGAACGGACCCAAGCCUGCAAAGACCUAGAGGGGCAGCUGCACCAUAUUGAGUCUGAGUCUCGAGGGCAGGUUCGACGCAUAUGUGAAGCGCUGCUCACGAUAUUCCCGAUUGAACCCCUGAAGAGUCGCACGCUCCAAUUCACUAUUCGCGGCAUCCACCUUCCGAACUCUGUUUUUGACGACACAAACCGUGACGAGAUAGCAGCUGCGCUUGGCUUCACCGCCCAGUUGGUUUACCAAUUGGCGCUGUAUCUGUCUACGCCCUUGCCAUAUCCCGUCGAGCCCUUUGGGUCUACUUCGUUUAUCUCUGACCCAAUAUCAAUUGGGCUGAGUCAGCGGAGGUACCCUCUUCAUCCUACAAGCGUGCCAUACAAGUUUGAGUAUGGCGUAUUUUUGCUUAACAAGGACAUCGAGUUUCUCAUGAAUCGUGCAGGACUACGCAUGCUCGAUGUCAGGCACACGCUACCCAAUCUCAAGUACUUGCUCUAUGUCUUGACAGCGGGCAAGGGAGAGCUACCUGCACGCAAGGCUGGCGGAGUAAAAGCACUCAUGGGCGAUGGUGCCAAUGCAGACGUGAGGCCUUGGAUUAGCCAUGACGGUGUGCCAAACGCAGCAAGUCCAAAGAUAGACACCACACAUAUGGAGGCAAAUGGUGGCAUUGGGCUGAAAGAAGGAAAGGACCCCGUGGACCCUUUCGGGUCGAGCCCGCCAGCACAGGGGCUGACUCAUGCCUCCACGCUCCCUGCUUUGCAGACGGGCAGAAUAGAUUGA